AUGCAACUUUGCCAUCACCACCUAAAGCACAUUAGAAAUAGCCCGUUUGGGAACAACAUCACUCUCAUGCAGAUGAAGAGUUUGGUAAAACAGACAGAAAUGACGGAGCCCCACGUCAUUCAGCCGCAGACCACCCGUGUGGAUGCGGGAGCACAACAUGGACGCCGACAAUACGAUCAUACGCUCGGGGAUCUCUUCUUCGACGGAUGA